GCAAAGCUUUUUCUUGUGCAUGAAGGUGGCUCAACCAAGCGAGUCUGAGGACAUCGAGAGGUUCUUCUCAGAGGGAGAGGAGGAGGUGGAGGCUGGCCCCACCGCGAAAACACCGGAGGUAAUUCCGCCGUCGUCGCCACCGCAAUCUCCGCCAUCUUCUACGGAUAUGCUUUCCAUUAUUGAUCGGCAGAAGGAGAUGUCGGCCAUGGUGUCUGCUCUAUCCCAUGUAGUUUCCAGUGGACACCACACAGACGCCGGCAACCAGGCAGCUGGGACGAGUGGGCGGCUAGUAACUGUUCGAUCGCUUCCUUCGAGCCUUUACUCGCCGGCGACGCCAUCGUCAUCUAUCAUCUCAUUUGGUGACCGCGGGAUUAAGAGAGAGAGAGAGGAAGAGAGUUCGGAGUUGAAAAUAUAUCACAGAGCGCUCCUCGAGUUCGGGAGUUCGUCUGGUGCGUCUUCAUCGUCUACAGCAGCACAAACGCAGAGCUCAUCUAAGGAAGCCCAAUCCCUUGCUCCGGCAACCUCGACAGCAUUGCAGGAAGGAGAAGUUCGCCGGAGAUACAGAGGAGUUCGGCAACGGCCUUGGGGAAAAUGGGCGGCGGAGAUUCGAGACCCGCACAAGGCAGCUCGCGUCUGGCUCGGCACCUUCGAGACAGCCGAAGCCGCAGCGAGGGCUUACGACGAAGCGGCGCUUCGGUUUCGUGGAAACAGAGCAAAGCUCAACUUUCCUGAAACUGCUCGUUUCCCGCAACCAAUCAAUCAACCUCCGUCGAUCCCAUUGCCGGAAUCUAGUUCUUCAGUUAGCCAUUUUAUGCACCGGCCGUUGCUGAGGUUCCGAUCCUUGGAUGCUACCAGAGAUUAUAUGGAGUACACGAGGGUGUUACAGGGAGCCGGAGAGUAUCAAGGAAUGCCGCCAACGGCACCAUUGGGUCAGUUCAUGUAUUCAACCUCGUCCAUCGCGUCGUCUUCACAUUCGCUGACCAGAGGUUCGGAUUCAGCGUCCUCUUCGUCUUCUUCGAUGCCUCUGCUCUAUUUACCUCCGUCAGAAACCGGACAGAGCCUUUUCCGGCCACCAGGAACGACCCAUGAGCAGAACUUUCCCGCCGCUCCGCCAUGGACUGAUUCCAGCAGAUAUCCACCAUCCUGUUCAGAAUAAAAUUUUGAAAAUCGAGCAAUUUUCAACAGUAUCAUUGUUUCAUACUCUUUUUCUUUUUCUUCUUCAGUCUUCUUAGAACUGAGUUAGAGCAAUCCAAAUCGAAAGAGGGAAGCAAAUUUCAUUUCUUUUUUAGUAAUUAUUGUCGAUUAUAUGAAUUGAAGCAGUAUUG